AGCAGAGUAAGGCCUUGGGUUUUCUUCCCCUCCUCCCCUCCUGGGGGCUAGGAGAAGGCAGGCAGCAGCUGGACUCCUUGCUACCCUCAGCCCGUGGAAGGAGGGGACGCCUUUGUCUGCUCUGGAUUUACAUUUGCCUGCACACACAAGUUGCACUGGCUUUAACUCUACUGGGAUGCAGCUAGAUGGGCCUGGAAGCAGUGAGGAAGUGUAAAUCGAUCUCCCCUUUCCAGGAGGGCACGGGCUCUGCAGACCCCCCUUGCCUGAAGCCUGCACGCUGUCGUGGAAUGCCUUGUCUUGGGAGAAGUCACUUUAAGUCCUGUUGUGUUUCAUGCACGUGUCUCCGUGUUCCCAGCUGUUGCAUGCAGGGACUUGCACCUCUUUCUGUGCUUCCCCCCUGCUCGGGGAGUUGACGUGUGCUGCUGGAAUAUGAGAGAGGACAUGGGAGUUGAGAAGGAAAUGUUUCUUUUCUAUGGAGAAGAGUCUGGAUGAAAGGAUUUCAGGAGACAGAAGAAUUGCAAAGAAUUUGAUUUGGGAGCAGACUUCAGGCUGAGGGCAGUGCUUGUUGUGAGCUGCAGAUAAAAUUCCAUGUUCACAUGAUUGCAUGAGGUUUAUAAGGAAGUGGCCUUAGCCUGAAAAAAAGGAGCUUUGAGACUGGUGGCUGCUUUGUAGGCCAGCGAGCAGUGCUGAGUAAGGGAGAGCCAAGGAAAGACAGCUGCAUGAAGACUGAGCUGCUGAAAGACAUCACCAACAACAAAGAGGAAGGGUUUAAUGCCAUGGCUGCAGAUGAAAGCGCUACAGAAAAGCAAGUGGGGGAACCAAAAAUGGCUGUAGAUGGUGAAACCAACGGUUCCUGUGAGCACAGCGAGGGUGGGGGCCACCCAAACCCAGCGAAAACCACUCAGGACAACACGAAAGUGAGCCAGCAGGACUCUACUACUAAAUUAAAUAGGAUAGCAGAAAAUGGCAUUUCAGAGCGGGACAGCGAGCCUGGGAAGCAAAACCACCUGAAAGCAAAUGACUUCACACAGACUUCUGUCACAGGGAGCAAUGGAUAUAUCCUCACCAAGCAGAUGGCACAGGAGCAGCCUCUAAGGACUACCAGCUUUGCUUCUCUCACUGGCCAUGCUGCAAAAACCCUGCCUGGAGGAGCAGGCAAAGGCAGGACUCUGGGGUCCUUUGCCCAGCUCCAAGCCACGAUGCCAAGCAAGCUCGGGGAGGGCAGUAAGGACACGGAUGCUAAAAGAGCCCCUGCUGCUAAUGCUGAAGUCAAGGUGCACCGGGCACGGAAGACAAUGCCUAAACCCACCCCCAGCCUGGAGUUUCUUCCUGAAUUGGGAUCGAAGCUGAAUCUGAAACAGCAUGUAAGUAAAGACCCCAAAGAUGGGAGAGACAGCAGAGAUCAGAAGGAAUCCAAGGAGAAGGAGUUUGAGAACAUGCUGGACUUUGUGAAGCCCUUGUCGUUGCCCUCUCUCCCGGGCCUUCACCAGUCACUACCUCAGAACCAGAGCUAUGUGGCCACCACCAAGUCACAGACAGCUGCUGCAGUAUCUCGGAAGAAAAAACGGAGAAUGGGAACCUAUAGCCUGGUUCCCAAGAAAAAGACCAAAGUGUUAAAACAGAGAACAAUGAUAGAGAUGUUUAAGAGCAUAACUCAUUCCUCUGUGGGUGCCAAGAGUGACAAGGACCUGGGGGAUGGCAGCCCCCACGUGAACGGGGAAAGCAUUGAUGUGGACUCUGAGGAGGAGGACUCCGAUGAGUUGGAAGAGGAGGAUGAUCAUGGAGCAGAUCAGGCAGCUGUGUUCCCUGUGGAUGACAACAGGACCUCCAAGGACAGCGCGUCCGACGCAGACAACGCCAGGAAGAUCGAUGAUGGCGAGUCUGAGGAAGAACAAGAGUCUGUGGAAUCUGGGGAGGAGGAGGAGGAUGGAGACGAGUCUGACUUGAGCUCAGAGUCCAGUGUCAAGAAGAAGCUGCUGAAGAGGAAAGGGAAGACAGACAGUCCAUGGCUGAAACCCACCCGCAAGAGGAGGCGGAGGAAUAAAAAGAAACAAGGCGGUGUGCUAGGUGCUGAAGCCUACAAAGCCUCACUGGGCAGCAGGGAGGUCCCUGGCCAGGAGAACAGCAUGGAGUACAUGGAGGUGUCCCUGGAUUCCCUGGAUCUCCGGGUGAAGGGAAUCCUGUCCUCACCAGCAGGAGGUCUGUCCAAUGGCCCUGAAGCAAUGGAGGUGGAUGGUCUGCAGGAAGUGCCCCUGUGCAGCUGUCGGAUGGAAACCCCCAAAAGCAGAGAGAUCACCACCUUAGCCAACAACCAGUGCAUGGCCACAGAGAGCGUGGAUAACGAGCUGGGCCGAUGCACAAACAGUGUGGUUAAGUAUGAACUGAUGCGCCCGUCUAACAAAGUCCAGCUUUUGGUGCUGUGUGAGGACCAUAGAGGGAGGAUGGUGAAACACCAGUGUUGCCCUGGCUGUGGAUACUUUUGCACUGCAGGCACUUUCAUGGAGUGUCAGCCCGAGAGCAGCAUCUCCCACCGCUUCCACAAGAGCUGUGCCUCGCAGGUGAACGACACCAGCUACUGCCCUCACUGCGGGGAGGAGGCCUCCAAGGCCAAGGAGGUGACAAUAGCCAAGGCUGACACCACCUCCACGGUGUCCCUGAGCUACGAGAAACCGGCGGCCGUGGAGGGCAGGGCCGACACCACCACGGGGAGUGGCACUGGGACGAGGUUGUCAGAGGAAGACAAGCCAGAAAGUUCAGCUGCUGAAGGGUUUGACAUCGCUGGGUCUUCAGUUUUUCCAAAGCCUUCUACUAGCUUGACCCAGGGACCAGUGAAAGAAACUCUGGAAAGUGCCCUGAUUGCCCUGGACUCUGAAAAGCCCAAGAAGCUGCGGUUCCACCCGAAGCAGUUGUACUUCUCUGCCAGGCAAGGGGAGCUGCAGAAGGUGCUGCUGAUGUUGGUGGAUGGAAUUGACCCUAAUUUUAAAAUGGAGCAUCAGAGUAAGAGAACCCCUCUCCAUGCUGCUGCUGAGUCUGGCCACGUGGACAUCUGCCAUAUGCUCAUUCAGGCUGGUGCUAACAUUGACACCUGCUCCGAGGACCAGAGGACCCCGCUGAUGGAAGCAGCAGAAAACAACCACCUGGAAACUGUGAAAUACCUGAUCAAGGCUGGAGCACUAGUAGACCCCAAGGAUGCUGAAGGCUCCACGUGUCUGCACCUGGCAGCCAAGAAGGGGCACUAUGAUGUGGUGCAGUACCUGCUCUCCAACGGGAAGAUGGAUGUCAACUGCCAGGACGACGGGGGCUGGACGCCGAUGAUCUGGGCCACGGAGUACAAGCACAUCGAGCUGGUGAAGCUGCUGCUGGCCAAGGGCUCGGACAUCAACAUCCGUGACAACGAAGAAAACAUUUGUUUGCACUGGGCUGCUUUUUCUGGCUGUGUUGACAUAGCUGAGAUCCUGCUGGCAGCCAAGUGUGACCUGCACGCCGUGAACAUCCACGGGGACUCGCCGCUGCACAUCGCGGCGCGGGAGAACCGCUACGAGUGUGUGGUUCUCUUUCUUUCCCGUGGCUCGGAUGUCACUUUAAAGAACAAGGAGGGUGAGACCCCGCUCCAGUGCUCCAGCCUUAACUCUCAGGUCUGGGUGGCCCUACAGAUGAACAAGACUCUCAAAGAAUCAUCUUCUGAGAAGCCUGCCCAGAUAGACAAGGUGGUGAGCAGAGACAUUGCCCGGGGUUACGAGAGGAUCCCCAUUCCCUGUGUCAAUUCCGUGGACAGUGAGCCCUGUCCCAGCAAUUACAAAUACGUGUCACAGAACUGUGUCACCUCCCCGAUGGACAUCGACAGAAACAUCACUCAUUUACAGUAUUGUGUCUGUAUAGACGACUGCUCCUCCAGUAACUGCAUGUGUGGCCAGCUCAGCAUGCGCUGCUGGUACGACAAGGAUGGCAGACUCCUGCCUGAGUUCAACAUGGCUGAGCCCCCCCUGAUCUUCGAGUGCAACCACGCGUGCUCGUGCUGGAGAACCUGCAGGAACCGGGUGGUGCAGAACGGCCUCAGGACUCGGUUGCAGCUUUACAGGACACAAAAGAUGGGCUGGGGAGUGCGAACGAUGCAGGACAUUCCUCUGGGAACCUUCGUGUGCGAGUACGUGGGGGAGCUGAUCUCCGACUCCGAGGCCGAUGUCCGUGAGGAGGACUCCUACCUCUUCGACCUGGACAACAAGGAUGGAGAGGUUUACUGCAUCGAUGCCCGUUUCUAUGGCAACAUCAGCCGCUUCAUCAACCACCUGUGCGAGCCCAACCUGAUCCCGGUGCGGGUGUUCAUGUCCCACCAGGACCUGCGCUUCCCCAGGAUCGCCUUCUUCAGCACCAGGCACAUAGAGGCUGGGGAGGAGAUCGGCUUCGACUACGGGGACAGGUUCUGGGACAUCAAAGGCAAGUUCUUCAGCUGCCAGUGCGGUUCACCCAAGUGCAAACACUCGAGCUCGGCGCUGGCGCAGCGGCAGGCGAGCCCCUCGGCGCAGGGCGCGCAGGAGAACGGGCUCCCCGACACCAGCUCCACCUCCAGCGCCCCCGGCCCCUUCUGACACGGCCACAGAGAGACAGAGAGAGACGGCGACACAGAGCUACGCAGAAAACGAGAAAAAAAAAAAAAAUAGAAAAGGAA